AUGGAUGAAUAUUUAGAAGCCAUCGAUUAAAUAUCGGCUGAAAGAACUAUCCAGAUGUUAAAGUCUCAAAAAAAACCGAAAUUCAAGAUAAAUCGAGUGCCAGAGGAACUGAGAUCAAUCCCCAUAUAUUUGGAUAUCGAAUAUCAGAAUUAUAUUUUCAGAGAUCAAUUUCAUUGGAAUUUAAAUGACUAUCAUAUCAGUCCCCAGGAGUUCGUGGAAAACCUAGUGGCUCGAUUAGGCUUUGGUAAUUCGAAAUAGAUGCAUCAAUAAUUGCUAUUUUAGAUUAUGGAGUAUAUUGAAAAACACAGCGUGCACAUUCCUGAAGAUUUGAUAUAAACCUAAAAGAAACAAUUGUCAGAAAAGAAGAAGCUAAAUUAAACCACCCAAAGAGCCAGCAGAACCCAAAUAACCAGAUUAUCCUACGGCUAAAACAAAAAAUGUAUAUAUUGUGAGUUCCUGAAUGUUCAAAGUGGAUUAUAUUGUAAAAAGUGUAGAAUCCCAUUCAUUGUGCUUGACAACGUGAAUCCAACUGAGCCAAUCAUCAGAGCCUGUUUCUUGUUUUAUGAAGUUGUUAUUAACAGAACCAUCUCCCCUAUUGAGCCAAGACGACUGGUGAAAGAGGACUUUACAUCGCUCUAUAGUCUUCAAAAUAAACUGGUUGAUUUAUCGGGAGAGCAAGAUGUAAUAGAUGAAGUCUUCCAGGAGUUCAUGAAAAACAGAGACAAUUUGGAUUAGGCUGAUUUUAUUACAUCUUUGAAGGCCCCAAAAGCAAAAUAGAAAAAGAGGUAGGUUAAGAAGGGAGAAUGUGAGGAAGAACCUGAAGAGGAAAGUCAAUAGGAGAAUCAGGAGGAGGAGGAUGAGGAAGAUGAGGAAGAUGAUGACGAUGAUUAAGAGAAGAAUUAGGACGAAAAUUAAGAUGAUGAGGAGAAGAGUUAGCAAUCAGAAAAAUAAUCCUUUGAUACUUCAUCAGAAUCAUCUUCUCCUUAAUAGCGAAUCAACACCAGGAGAAGAGUCAAAGAAGAGAUACUACGGAGAUCUGUAAGAAAGAGAAAGUGA